AUGGACUUUGGGAGUGGGCUACCCUCAACGCCUUCUAAGAAGGAUUCAGUGUGGGUUACCGUGGAUCAGUUGACCAAAACUUCCCAAUUCAUACCAGUUUACAUAGAUUAUUCGUUACAAAAACUGGCUAGGCUGUAUGUAUCCGAGAUAGUGAGACUGCAUGAGGUACCAGUUUUCAUAAUAUCUGACAGAGAUCCUCAAUUCACGUCUCAGUUCUGGAGGAAGUUACAUGAAGCUCUGGGUAGUAUUGAGGAUUACUUACCAUUAGUAGAGUUUGAUUUCAACAAUAGCUACAAGUCUAGCAUACAAAUGGCACCUUACGAAGCACUAUAUGGUCGUAGGUGUCACACUCCGUCAUGUUGGAAUAAGUUGGGUGAGCGGCAUACUCUAGGUCCUAAGUUAGUAUCUAAUACCGAGGAUAAUAUCAGAUUAAUUCGAGAUCGACUGAUGGCAGCAUCAGAUAGGCAGAAGUCAUAUGCAAAUCUAAAGCGUAAGGAAAUUGAGUAUUCUGUUGGAGAUUUUGUUUUUCUGAAAGUCUCGCCAUGGAAGAAGGUGCUGAGAUUUGGGCUAAGGGCAAGUUGA